ACAAGGUUGCGAAGAUGGUGGAAGUUUCUUCCUUUGCGUGAACUGGAGUCUAAACCAAAACACCUAGCUAGGUAGCUAGCUAGUUUUUAGUGGCCGUGUGGGAUAUACAUCAUCAAUUUCUGCCACCUUCGGAUACGGGUUGACGACCCCGACCAGCUAUGUCCUGUAGUGCCGCCAAACCGGGCUCCACCAAUGGCUACACUAUGAAGGCCCAGCUUCAGAUCCUCGUGCUGUCGGCGAAGCUGAAGGAAAACAAAAAGAACUGGUUCGGGCCCAGCCCUUACGUGGAGGUCGCCGUGGACGGCCAGUCCAAGAAGACGGAGAAAUGCAACAACACGCACAGCCCAAAGUGGAAGCAGCCAGUCACAGUAAUCGUCACGCCCUUCAGCAAGCUGAUCUUCCGGGUAUGGAGCCACCAGACGUUGAAGUCGGACGUUUUGUUAGGAAUGGCCACGCUGGAAGUCAGCGAAACCCUGAAAUCGAACAACAUGAAGAUCUCCGAGGUGGUGCAGACCCUGCAGCUGAGCACUGACCGGGACCUGACGGACGUGGUGGGGGACCUGUCCGUCUGUCUGGACGGGAUGCAGGUGGACCCCGAAACGUUCGCUUCUGCGGACGCCGAGAACCUGAGUGCUCUGCCCAACGGGGACUCGGGACUGAGCAGCGAUCCCGUUGCCAGGACGAGCAGGGACACCUCCCCCUCCAUCGACAGCCUGGAAGACAUUCCCAACGGCCGGAGGACGGCCAACGGCACGGGGUCGCCCUCCCUGUCGACGGGGGGCCCCAGGCCCUCGCGGCCCCCUCGGCCCGACCGCCCGCCCCCGCCCACCCCACGAAGACCCACCUCUUCUCCAGCCUCGUCCAGCAGCUCCGCCCCCAGCGAGGCCAGCGAAGCUCCGAGCGGCGGCACCCCGGCGCGCACGCCCGCCCCCGCCCCCGACGGCUCGGAGAACAGCCCCAACCCCCCGCCCCCCGAGCCCGGCCCACCAGCGCCCAGGCAGGGGGCCGGCGUCACCCCGGGCUCUUCCAGAGCCGCCCCCAUGAGCACGGGCCCGCUGCCCCCUGGAUGGGAGCAGAGAGUAGACCAGAACGGCAGGACGUAUUUUGUGGAUCACAUCGAAAAGAGGACGACGUGGGACAGGCCGGAGCCUCUGCCCCCAGGCUGGGAGCGGCGCGUGGAUCCCAUGGGCCGGAUCUACUACGUGGACCACAUCACCCGGACCACCACCUGGCAGCGGCCCACCGUGGAGUCCGUGCGCAACUACGAGGAGUGGCAGCUCCAGCGCAACCAGCUGCAGGGGGCCAUGCAGCAGUUCAACCAGCGGUUCAUAUUCGGGCUCCAAGAUCAAGUCCCGGCAACGGCAAAUAAAGAGUUUGACCCGCUCGGACCCCUGCCGCACGGAUGGGAGAAAAGGACAGACACCAAUGGCCGGGUGUACUUUGUGCAUCAUCCGACACGGGCGACCCAGUGGGAGGACCCACGGACUCAAGGUCUCCUGAACGACAAGCCGCUGCCCGAAGGCUGGGAGAUGAGGUUCACGGUGGACGGGAUCCCCUACUUCGUGGACCACAACCGGAGGACCACCACGUACAUCGACCCCCGGACCGGCAAGUCGUCCCUGGAAAACGGGCCCCAGAUCACCUACGUACGAGACUUCAAGGCCAAGGUCCAGUACUUCAGGUUCUGGUGUCAACAACUGUCGCUGCCCCAGCACAUAAAGAUCACUGUGACCCGGAAAACCCUGUUCGAGGACUCCUUCCAGCAGAUAAUGAGCUUCAAUCCACAAGACCUGCGGCGGAGGCUUUGGAUCAUCUUUCCAGGGGAGGAGGGCCUGGACUACGGAGGCGUGGCGAGAGAGUGGUUCUUCCUGCUGUCCCACGAGGUGCUGAACCCCAUGUACUGCCUGUUCGAGUACGCGGGCAAGGAGAACUACUGCCUGCAGAUCAACCCCGCCUCCUACAUCAACCCGGACCACCUCAAGUACUUCAAGUUCAUCGGCCGCUUCAUCGCUAUGGCAUUGUUCCACGGGAAAUUCAUUGACACCGGGUUCUCACUGCCUUUCUAUAAACGCAUCCUGAACAAGCCUUUGGGCUUGAAAGAUCUGGAAUCCAUCGAUCCCGAAUUCUACAAUUCCCUUAUCUGGAUCAAAGAGAACGACAUCGAGGAAUGCGGUCUGGAGAUGUACUUCUCCGUGGAUAAGGAAAUCCUGGGAGAGGUCACCACCCACGAGCUCAAGCCAGACGGAAGCAAUGUCGUGGUCACUGAGGAAAACAAGGAGGAGUACAUCAGGCUCGUGGCCGAGUGGCGGCUGUCCAGGGGCGUGGAGGAGCAGACCCAGGCCUUCUUCGAGGGCUUCAACGAGGUCCUCCCGCAGCAGUACCUGCAGUACUUCGAUGCCAAGGAGCUGGAGGUGAUGCUGUGCGGGAUGCAGGAGAUCGACCUGACGGACUGGCAGAGGAACACCAUCUACCGGCACUACGCCCGCAGCAGCAAGCAGAUCCUCUGGUUCUGGCAGUUCAUAAAGGAAAUGGACAACGAGAAGCGGAUGCGACUGCUGCAGUUUGUCACGGGGACCUGCCGCCUGCCCGUCGGGGGCUUCGCUGAUCUCAUGGGGAGCAACGGUCCUCAGAAGUUCUGCAUUGAAAAAGUAGGGAAGGAGAACUGGCUGCCCAGGAGUCACACAUGCUUUAACCGGUUGGAUCUGCCGCCCUACCGAAGCUACGAGCAGAUGAAGGAGAAGCUGAUGUUUGCGAUCGAGGAAACGGAAGGCUUCGGGCAGGAGUAACGGGCGUCGCCAGGCGUCUCGGGGGGGCCCCCGCCGCCGGGCGUCCCUUCCCGGUUCGACCUUUCAACUUGGGGGGGCGUUGCCAUGGGUUACGGGUCGUCCUCAGCAGGGAGGGGAGAGGCCCCGGUCUCCUCGGUUACCUGGCCCCCCGCUUUCACCCGUAGGACCUGCUUCGUGGACACCCGUCAGGACGGGGAGCGCGGGACGCGGGGCUCCCGAAUCCCGUUCUGUCCAUCAUCACCUGCUAUGACUUCUGGACCCAGUACACAGUGGGGGGGGGGGGGGGGCUUUCAUCGUCAGCACACCAUGUCUCGGAGCGAAUGCAAACUCCACGGUACGCGCGGGGUCAUCUGGAAACGGUGCACUACAACCCCCCCCCCGACCACCAGACUGUUCAAAUAAUAUCAAAAAGUUUCUUUUUGACAAAGUAUUAAAUGGAAUGGGAUCAUGAUGGCUUUGAGUAAACCUAACUUGUUCAUUUUCACUAUUUUAUUUCAUCCCCCCCCCCCCCCUUGUCAGGUCAUUUGCAACACUGUAGUGUCACUUAUCUGUUAAAGUCCGUGCCUAAAACCUUUCGUUUCUGACACAGAUAUGAACUAUGUUCCGUUUUAAAGCAUUUAUGUACUGCUUAUGUCUGUUUAUUUUUGCUUAAAUGUUCAAAAACAGCUGAGAUCAUGUUUCGAUAGUGUUAGUUUCGAUUUCAGUGUACCUGAUUGAUCCAAAAGCCACUGAUUUGACCAAAGUUUAAUCAAACUUGUUAAAACCACAUAAUUGCAGUAGCUACAGCUAAAUAUUUAAAUGGAAAAUCUUGAUAUCUUAAUAUCCAUUAUUUGUUUUAUUUUCCAAGGAAGAAAGCACUUUAUAAUGCAAAAUCUCUUAUGUUAAAUUGAGGUUUUUUUUAAUGUUAUUUUUAUUUUUUUAAUGAGGUUUUGCAUGCUCAGAAAAAAUAGUUUGGACAAGGCGGUUAUAACGGAUAGCUGGAGACAAAUCAACAUGACUUCAUGAUAUAAAAAAAAAAAAAAAAAUGAGCGCAACUCCUUAACGUUUGCUGACGUUUAUGGUUUUACUUCUGUGCCCUUGUAUACACUGAACUAUUUUUAUAAGGGUUUGCGAUGUUUGAAGGUGUUGCUAACGAUGGGGGAAUAGCAGAAACCUGUCAUCGAGCGCACCUGCAUGCGUUCAUGGAGAAUGAAGCUCAAUUUACUGCCAUUGCAAUGAAAUGCUUUUAUUUAAUAGAGCUAACUAUUUUGGGGUCUUGUAACCCACCCUUUACAGGAUAUUUAGCUCCUUCAGGUAAAACACUGCUGGGCGUGUCCUGAAUCAAGUUGCGUCGUGAAUGAAUGAAUGAAUAUUCAGAAAUGGUAUGUUAUUACAGAAAACUGCAAGACACUUUUAUCAAUAUAUUUUUAGACUAAGUGUUGUAUAAAUGGGUGUGGCGGCAAUGUUCAUAGAUGUGAAGGGCCUUGCUUCCUAUUUUUUAUUAUUUUAUUUUAUUUUUUGGUGUUGUCCAGGAAAGAUCAUGCGUGCUAAGUAGCUAUGAGCUCGGAAUAGUCCAUUUGGGCCCUACAAUAUUUUUCUCUCUGUGAUGUUAGUUCUAACUGUUUACCUGUGUUACGUAUUAAGAGAAUAGCUUGGAUGUAACAGUAACUUAUCUGUAGAGGUUCCCCAAUAGUCAGAACUGUCUGUCUGUGAGGUGAAGUAACACAGGGAGGUCAUUUUAAUUGUACAUUUUGACAGGGAAUUCAAGGUGAAGAUGUCACAUGGGUCUGAAUCCAAUCAGAUGGGGUUAUUUUAGUUUUGGAUUCUGACAAGGCAGUACUGUGAAAAAGUCCCUUUAUAGAGUCAUUCACAAUGGUAGGCCAUGCAGUUAUGAAGUCAUUUUUUCUUCUUCUUCUUCCUCCAUUCUCAGGCAUGUGUUCAUAGGGGUUAGUGUCAAUGGCUUUUCUUUUGGCUGUAUCAAAAGCUUAAUACAGAAUUUAUGCACAAAAUCAAAUUGACAAGGCUUAUCUGAAGAGAAGGGGGAAAGACCACUGUGUCCUAUUGCAUAUGGGUGUGUGCAUGCAUGUGCAUGUGUGUGCGUGCGUGCGUGUGCGUGCGUGUGCGUGCGUGUGUGCGUGUGUGCGCGUGUGUGUACAUAAAAUUUAAAGAUGGUCCCCCUAGCCUAAAAAAAUGUUGAUACUCAACUAUUUAUCUAGCUAUGUAUACUCAAAUGGAUUUGCACAUUUUCAGCAGAACGGCAUGAAUGACCCCAUUUUUUAGUUUUACUUCAAGCACUGGAUGUGAAAAAUUAAAUGUUUGUCGAGUGUCUAAUCAAGUGCCCUUUGAGGCUCUCAACAGUGAUUGCAUUACUCACCGUGUAAAUGUGACAGCGGCAUUUGUCAUUGCAAGGCACUGUGGCAAACCAUUGUUUCCAGGACAAAGCCCACAAGCUGCAGUGCUUUCAGAAUUAAUUCAGUUUUGAUUGCCUUUACAUUAAUUACACACUACCAGAGCGCAUGAAGUGUAGUAUCUAUAUUGAGAAACACUUGGCGCACCAGGGAAAAGUACAUGGCGUUCAAAAAGUAAAAUUGCAUUCUCAAUGCCCAACAAUCAUUGUUCAGAGCAGAACCUUUUUUCUGCAGUCCUUGUCCAAAUAGGGAAAUCGACCUUUAAGGAAUGCUAGUUUGCGGAAUGAACUUGUAGGCAUAUAUUAUCAAUUCCCAGUGAAAUAGCAUAUUUAGAUUUUUUUUAAAUGCUGCGUCAGAAGUUAAAUGGGUAUUAAUGUCAAAGGUUUCCUGUGAAACUCUGUACUAACGCCCCCCCCUCUGUAUAUUAAAUGAGUGCUGUAAAUCAUGUUAAUAAUGAAUUCCUGUAAUUCUUUUUGUAAAGUCUAACCUUUUAGUAAACAAGGGUUAAUGGUUUAAAUGCUAUUUAAUUUUAUUCUUUCACUAUUUUAUCUGUACAGGAAGAGAAUUGGUGUAAAAUGUUAAUCUGGUUAGAAGUUUAAAUAAAAUACGAAGGUGAA